AUUCGGAGGACCAGAGAUGAGCGCCCCUGCAUCGCCGCCACCGACGACGACGACCCCCCAGCAUCAAGAGACCAGCGCUGUUUCUGAACGCGAAAGGGGAUAUUACCUCCCUGAAGGUGCAGAAGAAGAGCGCAAGGUUCAAGAACCGGCGUCUUCUCCUGAUGCCGCAACGAAGAAGCGAAAGAUUGGCGAGGUCGACUCGACCUUGCACGCCCACCAUCAUUCGACGAUCGAUGCUGAGGCCGAGGGUAAGGCGAUUGCGCGACUUCUCAGCCCGUUCACGCGUGAACAAAUUGUGUCGAUUCUCAUCAGCGCGGCCCUGCAACACAAGAGCAUUUACAACGAAAUUCGAUCGAUGGCAAGUGUUGAUGUCGCGCAUCGCAAGCUGUUUGUGCGUGGUCUGUCGUGGGACACGACGACUGCGACCAUGCAGCAAGUGUUUGAAUCGUUUGGCAAAAUCGAGGAAUGCACAGUCAUCAUGGACCGUAACACAGGCAAGUCCAAGGGAUUUGGGUUUGUUACAUAUGAAGACAUGGAGUCCGCCGAACGAGUGUUGUCGGUGCAGCCGCUCGAAAUCGACGGUCGCAAGUGCGCGUGCAAUCUCGCGGCAGUUCCCGAAAACAACCCGAACGCUGGACCAGUCAAGCACAACAAGCCUGCUCAUGCGCCGAGCUAUUCCCAACAAUAUCAGCAGCAUCAAGCCCCUACCUACGGCUACGCACAACCUCCGAUGGCCAGCAAGGUGCUGUAUGCCGACUUAGGGCCUCCCGGUGACGAGAGCGACCGCAAACUGUUUUUGCGCGGCCUGGACUACAAUACGACCACGGAAAGCGUGACAGUCGAGUUUCAAAAGUAUGGGGAUCUCGAAGAAGUCACGAUCGCCAAAGACCGCGCCACGGGCAAAAGCAAAGGGUAUGCGUUCAUCGUGUACCGCCACAUGGGAGGCGCGAAGCGGGCGUUGGCGCAGCCCCAAAAGUUUAUCGACGGCCGGGCGACGCACUGUAAUUUGGCAUCGCAGAAAAACAGCAACGCGGGCGCGCAAUACGGCGGCCAUACCCCCGCCCCGACCCAGCAGCCGUACCGUCCUCCAGCUGCGGCCGCGGUGCCGCAAGUGAUUGCGUAUCCCCCGCACAUGUACCAACAACCUGCAGCGGCCACGGCCUACAUGGGGUACGCGCCAGCCGCUCCAUACGGCCAACCCCAGGAAAUGUACAUGAUGGCGGCACCCCAGUAUGCUCAGCAGCCCAUGCAGCCCCCGCCACCCACUGCGUAUUACCACCACCCCCCCGCGCCGGCAAACCCAGCGGGAGGCACUGCGGCGGCCAAGCCUUCACAGUAAACGACCGAUCGUUGACGAGUGCAGCAGCAUGCCUCCAUCUUGACCGUGUUCCGUCUGGACUGGCUGUGACGUUGACGCGUUUGCACUCUUGUGGGUUGUGGCUGCUCCCUCUUGAUACAUAAACGGGUGCUACAGAUCUGGAUCUGGUUCGUGUUGACGUGUGUUGUGUAAAUUGUCGCCGCAUCGCUACAGAGUCGUCGAGUCUGCGUGGGUUAUCGUGUGGCUACUGAAAAAAAAAAGUGGGUGAUGGCCGACUUUAUGAGCAUCACGGCGCGACUGUAAGCCGUGCGCAACGUUGAUCUGGUUCACGGUGUGGUAUAUGUUCAAUUCCAAACGAGUAGGAAGUGUUGAGGCUUGAGAAUGACGUGGAUGGCGCCGACCAUGUUUAGUGCGACUGGUGUCCCUUGCUCUUGGAGGCGACUGCGUUUUUGUAUUCGACCGCAGCAGGCAGGGUACAAGCAAUAUCGUUGCACAGCUGCUUGGUGGCGACGGGACGGCCACCCGCUGGCGGCGGCACGUGGCGCAGCUACGUCAGGUACCCGAGUCAUGAUAACGUAACGACGACAGCUCCGCACCUGAUCGAAAAACAGCAACCCGGACACGCUCUCGAUGUACUCGAUCGGUCGGAGAAAGUCGGUCAGAUUGGUUUGGUCAGGAAUGCUCUGGUUGGGGAGGAUGAACCCGGCGGCCAAGUACUCGCCAGACGGCUUCUGCACCAAGACGACUUUGAAAAAGUGCGUCGGGACGGCGAUCGCGUUGCCGGGCGUCCCUAGCACAGGGUAUCGGACCUCGUACGUGUCGCUGUCGGCGGCGCGCUGUAGCAGUCAGUUUAGGUUUAUAUUUCGUUGAAAACACUCGAGUGCCGCAAUUGUG